GCUGGACCGGGUUCAUUUAGGGCACAACUGGACCGGCUAUCUCCGCAUCAACCGCUCCGCCUCAGGUUCCCCCUUCCGUCCCGGAGAAGCCGAGGACAUCUGUUUGUCUCCCUCCAUGCCUCACAUUUUCCUUGCCCAGACAAGCAAACCUAUUCCUCUCUAUUUUAUCUUCUUCCUCUUCUCCUUCUCUCCCUUCUCCUCAUUCGAUUUUUUCCAUACGAUCCUUCGUGCUUUGCGCCACAUUGAAGUCUGCAGAGCUGGAGAAGAGAGAAAGAGAGAUAGAGAGAGGGGAGGGAGAAAUGCUGCAGCGAGCAGCAAGCAACGCUUACUCUUGGUGGUGGGCGAGUAACAUCCGGACCAAGCAAUCUAAGUGGCUUGACAGCAACCUCCAAGAAAUGGAGGAGAAGGUGAAAGCCAUGAUCAUGCUUAUAGAAGUGGAUGCUGACUCCUUCGCUAAAAAGGCAGAGAUGUACUACCAGAGGAGACCAGAACUAAUAAAAUUUGUUGAAGAGACUUACAAGGCUUAUAAAGCUUUGGCCGACCGAUAUGAUCACAUAUCUGGAGAACUGCAUAAGGCCAACCACACCAUUGCGUCAGCUUUCCCUGAUCAAGUCCAGUUUGCAAUGCAAGAUGACGAUGAAGAUGGUUCCCCAACGGCUUUCACAGGCGUAGAUAUCAGUAAGUUUCGCAAGCUCCUACCCGGGGAGGUGCCACAGAUCAAUUUCAGAAACAAAAGCAGAGAUGCGUUGACUGCCUUAAAGAAGCACCAUAAGAAAGUUUGUUCUCAUAUCACCAAGGAGAAUGCGCAAAAUGAAAUAGACAAGCUUCAGAAAGAAAUCCUUGUUCUCCAGACUGAGAAAGAAUUUGUCAAGAGUUCCUAUGAAAGUAGCCUUGCAAAGUUCUGGGAGAUUGAGAGCAAGAUAUCUGAUUUACAAGACGAGGUCUGCACCUUUCAGGAUGAGUACAGUGCAAGUUCUAUCAUUGAAGAUAAUGAAGCCAGGGCCUUGAUGGCAGCCACAGCAAUCAAAUCAUGCGAAGAAAGCCUAGUCAGCUUACAGAAGCAACAGAAGAAAUCAGGUGAAGAGGCAGAGAUAGAAUAUAAAAGAAUCAGGGAAGUCAAAGACAGGCUGAAGUUUCUCAAGGGUGAAAAAUGCUCGCCAGAAAUAGAGGAAACCUUUAACCAAGAAAGAAGUAAUGAAGAGGGAGAAGAUUUUAUCCUAAAAAAUGAGCGGCUAGACCUGUUCUCUGUAUGUGCACGGGUGAAACAGCACUUCCAGAUGGACUCUGACACUUCAGUUGUGAACCUUGCUGAGAAAAUUGAUGAACUUGUGGAGAAAGUCAUUAGUUUGGAGGUAGCAGUCUCAUCGCAAACAGCGCAAAUACACACACUAAGGUCAGAGACUGACAUGCUUGAGAAGCACCUCCGAUGCCUGGAAGAAGAUAAAGUUAAUUUGAUAAUUGACUCAAACAGCUCAAAUGUGAGGCUGAGGCAGGCAGAAGAUGAGUUGCAUGGAGUUCAGGAUCUUGAGAAAAUCGUGCAUCAUGAGAAAGGGAUCUUUCAAACUCAUUUUAUAGAGGCCUGCAAUAGUCUUAAUGAUAUAUCAGAAAAACUUCAAUCUACUAGCCCUAAGGAGAAGGAUAGAAGUUUAGCUUCUUCAAAUAUUGAAAACUUGGAGCAGGACAAAGAAAUAAAAGAGGAUGUCAAAAAUGAGAGAAGUGAUGCAACAGCUGAGGAGAAUGAGGUUCUUGUGAAGCAUCAGAUUGAGCCCAACGCUGAAGAUACAAAGGAUCAGACUGAGUUGUUUAAUAGUUCAUCGAUGGUAAAGGGAGAACAUCUCAGUGCAAUGUUUUCAUCUUUAUUGAAGGAUUUGGAGCCUGAUGACAAUGAUAAUAUUCCAGACUUGCAGCAUCUAUUGAAUAGUGGGCCAGAAGGCAGAGAGAAAUUGCUGCUGUGUGGAUAUUCAUCAAUUCUCCACAACUACAAAGACACAAAGAAAAAACUAGCCGAGAUGGAGAAGAAGAACCAAGAGAACCAUUUUGAGAUGAUGGCUCAGAUUCAGGAGCUGAAGAGUGUGAAUGCUGUCAAGGACCAAGAGAUCAGAGUUUUGAGGAGUAAAUUGCUCUAUCACACUUCUUCCAAGGGUGCAACAAGCACUUAUAAAGAAACUCAUAUACAGAACAUAGAAGAGCAUGGAAGCUCCAUUGAAAUGCUCGCAGUAAAACCAGAAUCUCCUAUCGAGAUCAUUGAAGCUGAAGAGCAGAUCAAAUUAUGCCAUUUAGAUCAGCAGCACUCAACUUCACCGAUUGAGGAAAAGUUCAGAGCUGAACUAGACACUCUUCUAGAUGAGAACCUCAACUUCUGGCUAAGAUUCAGCACCUCAUAUCAUCAAAUACAGAAGUUUGCAGCAUCAUUCAAGGAGUUGGAAGCUGCUGGCCUGGAUAAGACGAAGGAUCCCAAGGAAGGUGGAUCAGCUCCUGCAUCCCCAAAGCAUUCAUCAAAACAGGACACCUGGCCACUCGAUAAGAAGCUAAGGGAGCUCCAUACAGAGCUCCAAGUUUGGUUAGAACAAAACGACUUGCUGAAGGGAGAGCUUCAAUACCGGUUUACAUCCCUCUGCAACAUCCAGGAAGAGAUUUCCAAAGCCUCAAUCGAUACCGAGGGAGAGCAUUCCAAGAUCACACCAUACCAAGCAGCAAAGUUCCAGGGUGAACUGCUCAACAUGCAACAAGAGAACAACAAAGUUGCAAUGGAGUUGCAAACCGGUCUGGACCAUGUGAAGGCUCUUCAGUCUCAGGUUGCCAAGUCUCUCUCCAAGCUGAGGGAGAGCUUCGAUCUCUCAGUUUCAAAUGGGUAUCAACAAUACCAAAACUUCAGACACUGUUCUACAAGGUCUAAGGUUCCACUCAGAACUUUCUUAUUCGGGCAGAGACGAAAGAAGCCUUACAUAUUCUCAUGCAUUACCCCACCAAUGCACAAGCAUCACAGCCAAAGGAAGUCUGGGUUUUCUUUAUGAUGAGCAGAGAUGUGCUGGUGCUAGUGGUCCAGUUACAUUGUAAGCUGAUUUGGCAUAUUUUAUACUGGAGAAGUUGAAGGUGAAAAUUAACAGUGGAGGGCUUGCUUUCCAAGCUGCUUGUUGUGUGAAUCUAAAGGAUUUGUAAGAAUUGGUAAGUUUUAGUGUAGUUAAACUAUAAGAAUACUGUUGUUGUCAUCAUCUUUUGUUCAAAAGGACUCUAGGGUACAGCUACAAUCCAAAUAAAUUGGUGCCAGAAGGCAGAGAGAAUUCCUCUUAAAACUUCAUAGAUUUUCAUUUUUUUUCUAUAUAUGUUUCUGUCAACAAUAGCGACCUACUGAACAUAAAAGUUAUGUGGAAUUAAGAG